AUGCCUCGCCCACGAGAAGCCGGUCGGCAUCCCAGCGCAGCCCCUUCCGAAACCUCUGGAUCGACGUCACCGGAACGUGCCGCAGACGAUGACACCGAUUUCUUCAUGGCCCAGGGCAACGAUUCGCAAUCAUCCAUAGGUGUUGCUAAUUUCCGUGACUCCCACCCACAAAAUGUGCGAUCCGCGCCACUGCCGCCCAUCGGCCGCCUACCACCUGAGAUACUGAUUGCGAUCUUCUCGAAACUGGUCUCGCCCGUGGAUAUGCGGAACUGCAUGCUGGUGUGUCGUGGAUGGGCCUCGAACUCCGUGGGGAUACUGUGGCAUCGACCAUCUUGCAACAGCUGGAGCAACCUAGGGAGGGUGACGACAUCGCUCGGGGAGCCGAACAGCCUCUUCAACUAUGCCGAUCUCAUCAAGAGACUGAACCUGUCUGCCUUGUCCAACCAGGUCAAUGAUGGCACGAUUGUUCCUUUCAACCAGUGCAAACGCAUCGAACGCUUGACACUGACAGGCUGCAAGCAGCUUACAGAUAAGGGCGUCUCGGACUUGGUAGAGGGCAACCGACACCUACAGGCACUGGAUGUUUCGGAAAUCAAAUAUCUCACAGAUCACACCCUCGAAACCGUGUCGAGGGACUGCCCUCGCUUACAAGGUCUCAACAUCACGAACUGCGUAGCCAUCACAGACGAUGCCCUGCUCGAGGUGUCGCAAAAAUGCCGUCAAAUCAAGAGGCUGAAACUCAACGGAGUGUGGAGUGCCAGGGACCAAUCCAUUCUAUCUUUCGCAGAAAACUGUCCUUCUAUCCUAGAAAUCGACUUGCACAAUUGCAAUAUGGUCACCAGCAAAUCGGUGACUGCCUUGCUCACGACACUCCGACAUCUUCGAGAAUUGCGUCUCGCACACUGCACUCAGAUCGACGACUCUGCAUUCAUGUCACUACCACCAACUAUGACGUUUGAUAGCCUCCGCAUACUCGAUCUCACGGCCUGUGAAAAUGUGAGGGAUGAGUCAGUGGAAAAAAUCGUGCAGGCGGCUCCUCGUUUACGGAAUCUCGUACUGGCCAAGUGUCGGUUCAUCACCGAUCGUUCCGUGAUGGCUAUCUGUCGACUCGGAAAGAAUCUCCACUAUGUUCACCUGGGUCACUGCUCCAACAUCUCAGACGUCGCUGUUAUCGCGCUGGUCAAGUCCUGCAACCGAAUUCGGUACAUUGAUCUGGCCUGUUGCAACCGUUUGACCGACCAUAGCGUGCAGCAAUUGGCAACCUUGCCUAAACUGCGACGAAUUGGGUUGGUCAAAUGCCAGGCCAUCACUGAUCAAAGCAUACUGGCACUGGCAAGACCCAGGGCAUCAGCUCACCACCACCACUCUGGCUGUCACAGCAACAGUAGCAGUAGCCUGGAAAGAGUCCAUUUAAGCUACUGCGUCCAGCUCAAAAUGGAUGUAUGUAUUACCCGAUCAAUGAGUCUGGAGAGUGUAAAUGCUAACAUCUUCUUCCACCAGGGUAUUCAUGCUUUGUUGAACCACUGCCCCCGUUUAACCCAUUUAAGUUUGACAGGCGUUCAAGAGUUCUUGCACGAAAGUCUGACUACGUUCUGCCGAGAAGCUCCACCAGAGUUUACCCAACAACAGCGAGACGUCUUCUGCGUUUUCAGCGGCGAUGGUGUCACCCGACUCCGUGAGUACUUGAACAAAAACAAAGCUUCUUACCCCGAAGAAACAGAAGCCACGAUGUAUGACGACGACGAGGAACUGGACGGAGAUGGAGACGGAGACGAAGGUCGGAUGGCUGGGAUGAUGAACGCGGCUGUCAUCAACGACGACGAUGACGAAUUUCUCGACGUUUCGACCUUGAACACUUGA